AUGGGGACAAGGGGCAAAGGAGCACAAGGGGGCAAAGAGAGCAAGAGGAGCAGAAAGGGAGAAGGCGAAGGAGGGAGCGCAAGGCCACCCACAGGCCACAAGAGCCAAAAGGGCCGGAAAGACAGGGAGCAGACGGAAAAAGAGGGAGGAAGAGCAGGAAGAGAAAAACGGAGCGCGAGAAAAGGCGAGCAGAGGAAGGGAGGGCAAAGAGGCGGGGAGAGGCAAAGGACAAGAAAGCAAGGGACAAAGCAAAGCAUAGGGAAGAUCGACGAGGGCAACAAGAGCAGGCGAGGAAGAGGCAAAGAGUGCAAAGAGCAAGGAGCCCACGCCAACGGGAUAGAGGGGAGGGAGGAGAAAAAGCCAGGAAGACGGGAAGACAAUAGCGAGGGGAGCAAGUACACAGAAGAAAACAAGAGAAGACAAGGAAAAGGCAAAAGGGCGAGGGCGCAACAGGGAAAGAGACAGGCGAAGAAGGCGCAAAGCGAGGGGGAGAUGAGAAAGACAAAGCGGGGAUGGGGAAAGGGGGAAGAGGAGAGCGGGGGCAAAAGAGCGAGGAGGGGAGCGGGGGGCAAAACACGGGAGGGGCGAAGGGUGAGCGGGGGGCAAAACACGGAGGGGGGCGGGGAGUGA